AUGCCAUCAACACCGAGCAAACUCAAGAGUGGUUCUCUUAGGCAAGCGGGUAGCCUCAAAUAUGAGGAGAUCAGGGCCGAUCUUGAGCCAGACAUUGGGAAUUCAACCAGAUGCAGCGUCAACGCAUUUCUCAAGCACUUUCUCUACACUAUUCUUAGGGACGAUGACCCAAAGAAGGUGAAGUUGAACGAAAUACAGAAAUCUAUAGAGGAGCUACAGUUGAGACGCUAUGGAGAGGAUUUGACUAUAAAUGAGGACACUACGAACAAUGGAGCCACUAGCGACAAUGUCGCUGCUGAUUUGGCUGGGACUUUGAACUCAGCAGCGAGAAUACAAGAGCGUGCCAAUGAUAAGGACGACGAUACUCUGCUUGGGUCCGAGAAGGAAAAACAGCUGGUCCAAGAAAGGGAUGCAUUACUGGAUCAACUCCUAGCAGACGCCCUCGAAUUAGUGAAACCUGUUGCCAACAACAGUGAGGUGAUUAAAAGGUUGAAAAAAUUUGGAGAGGCAUUCGAAAGCGGGGAAGCUGCUCGUUAUGGCCCGUUUGUCUCACUAUGUAACACAGCCCUCCUCCUCCUAGCUUCUUGCAACUCAAAGCAUCACUUUCGAGAGAAAGAUGGUCUCGACAUUCAGUUUCACUGCAAUGAUCCUAGCAACAUCAUGUCUAGCUACGAUGGUAUGCAGGAUAUCGAGCGUAAGCCAGAUGUUGUCAUCACGUCUCUCAUAGCUUCCCUACUCGCAGCCUCAAAAAAAUCGCCCAAGUAUAAAUUCCAAUGGUCCGAUAUCCUCGGGUGCGCAGAGUUUAAAGUUUUGAGGAAGGGUAUUCCCGAAGACGGCAAGCCGUGGCUCGAAGUUUCCGAAGUAAAAGCUUCUCCUCAAGUGCGGGAGCACACUAUUGAGGGUGUCGAACCACCCAACGCUACAGAAGGUUCUGGGUCAAAACGAGUUCGAGAUGAUGUGUCCGUUGCGGAAAACCUUUUGUCAUCGAAAAGACAGCGGCAGUCGAAUGGUACAGCGACGCCUACAAAUUCAAACCCCGUCUCUUCAGCCUCAUUUCCGGAAAACAAUUUAAAUCUGCAGGUCAACAUGAUCGAACAGAGCACGCAACAAGCCACUAAUGACGGUGUGGAGCGUGAUGUCUCCAUCGCGGAAAACUCUUUGCCAUUGAAUAAUCGACGACAGUCUAGUGCAGCGACGCCUACGAGUUCAAAACCCAUCCCUUCAGCCUCAGUUGCGAAAAAAAAAUUAAAUAUGCAGGCCAACAUAAUGGAACAGAAGACACAACAGGCAAUCAAAGGCGGGGUGCAGUGUGCGUCAUACGCGCUGGAAAUGAUGUCUUACAAUGCAGGUGUUCAUCAUGCCAUUAAUUUGCUCUUUAUGGACGGACAUAUGUGCAUUUGGUAUUACGAUCGCCAGGGAAUAAUACAGUCUGAUGGCCUCAGCAUCUUCGGGGAUUUUUCUCAAUUCCUUGUCCUCCUUUUUGCUUUUCAGCGUUUCUGCCCAGAAGACUGGGGCAUCAUUCGUUGCCUAAAUCCUCAAUUUUUUCAUGGGAUCGAAAACCAGACGAGGGUGAAGAAUGAGCAAGAACCAAUGCCAGAACCAGAAGUCAAAUUGAAUUUGCAACAAGAUCUGUCCGGGUUGUGGGUUCGAAAUGAUCAGGACAAGAUUCUGACAACGGUUGAGGUUGAUAUGAAGAGCUUUCUAUCGCACAAACCCCACUGCUUGAGCGGAAGGGCCACAUCAGUUGUAUCGGCUAAGGGUGGUGACCCAAAAAAAAUGAUGGUGUGUAAGAUAUAUCACCCCGAGGUUGAACGACGGCACGAAGGAGAAACACUCCAGGUAGUCCGCAAGAUAGCUGCAGACAAUGAUCAGACCAUACUCAAACACCUGCCCUCUGUACUGUUUUAUGGAGACGUGCCGGGAUGCACCACUCAUCGUAUUCGGAGCAUGAUUAAACGGCGAUGGAAGGGCCACCGCACUCUCCGGAUAUUGGGUCUCAAAAAACUACAGAAGAUCACGUCCGUCGACGGUGCUCAUUUUAUCAAGGCUUGGCUUGAAACCGUUAUAUGUAAGCCAUGA